UUUUAUUUUCAACAAUAAUAUAAUAGAUUAUUUUUAUUCAUUUAAUCAUUUAUCAAAGCGCGAUACUGAUACUCGUGGGUAAAAUGUCUCCAAUUUAAUCUGACGGUCAAAGUUCAAUAAUGUGUCGCGAUAAAUUACAGUGAGAAAUCGUGCGUCGCCCAAGGCUGACCGAUAAUUCUUUUCUCGAUAAUAAAUAAUGUAAUUAAUUCCCAGUGCAGUGUGUGACUCAAUCGAAUAAACUUUGAUUCGGUGUUACAAGGGGUCAACAAAUGGUUUUUAAUAUAAGCGAAAUGGGUAACAAUGCGGGCCUACCAAAGGGACGUAGAAAAUCUCUACGUUCGUUUAUUAAACGCCAGAAACCGGACCUCAGUCAUACUUUUACUAUACCAGACAUCGACGAGCAAAUGGAAUUAUUGAACAUCAACACUGCAACCGAAGAAGAUUUGAUGACUUUGCCUGGAAUCAAUAGAGAAGUUGCCAAAAAUAUCGUCGAGCACAGAAAAGCCAUAGGGCGCUACAGAAAAGUGGAAGAUGUGGCUCUGGUGCCAGGCAUAGGGGCGCAAAAGCUGCAGCAAAUAAAACCAGAAAUUUGUGUCAACUUGAGGAGGAAUUUUAAUAAGAGUGUGUCUUCAAGAGCACCCAGUUAUGAUAGUUUGAAGAGCGGCGAUUCUAAGACUACAAGUAGAUCAACUAGAUUAAUUAAUGUAAAUAAGGCGAGCGUUUUUGAGUUGCAAACUGUUCCUGGGAUAACUCAAGAAGUUGCUGCUGCAAUUGUGAUUCAGAGACUCAAAAAAGGACAAUUUAAAAAGAUUAAUGACUUACUCAAAGUAAAACACUUGAACCGUGUAAGUUUAGAAAACAUAGCGAGAUACCUGACACUAGAAGAUGAGGAUAGCGUUAGUGAACCUUCUACGCCAAUGCCUAGUAUAAUAACCAAUGGGUUUACGCCUGCCCAACUUACCAACGGACAUAGUCAUAGGCCCUCACUGAAAAGUCACUUACCCAACGGCCUGGCAGCAUCUUCAGCCAUCGACAUUUUCGAACUUCUCUCCACAUAUUCACCCAGACCCAUUGUAAAUGAACUGUUCAAAUACAGCCGGAACGGUGAGGCGGCUGCCAGAAUUUGCUCGUGGAAUUUGCAUGAAUUUACACAAGAUAAAGCUUCUAAUUUGGGUGUCAAGGAGGUUAUUUGUAGAACAAUUCUGGAAAAUGGGAUAUCGUUAUUAGCUGUGCAAGAUAUAAGAGAAGUGCUGGCGCUGAAAACCAUAUGCGAGGAACUGAACACACCAACAUUAAGAAGAAUAGAAGAGUGGAAAUAUAAUAGUCAAAGUUGGAAUUUUUGUAUGCUUGAUGUCCACGACACUAAGUUAGGGUUCAUUUACGAUUCAGGUGGCGCUUCAAACAUCGAAUUGAUCUCUCUCAUGGAAAGUCCAGAAGACACGCACAAAGACUGUGAUGCACUAAUAGCCCACUUUUUAUUGGGCGAGCUUAAUUUACAAAUAGUAAACUUGUCAUUGAAGGAGGGCGCUGACGUUAAAUUUUUAAACGAAAAAAUUACCGACCUAAUUAGCGAAGAGGAGCUGGUGAUGCUUUGCAUCGAUGAUUCCAACUGCCAUAGAUUUGAUGAAUCAUCUCUAUCUUUAGGAGGCCUAACGCCAAUCUUUCCAAAAGAUACCAACACUUGCCACCCAGCCCUCAAGCAGGAUAAUUCUAGUCACAUAUCAAAUAUCCUUAUAAGUGUACCACUAAAUAAAAAUAUGACCGGCCUAAAGAGUAUCAUCACAAAAGGUACCACCCAUUUAGCCAUACCAAAUGGGUGGUCGUGGGGCGGGCCAGUCGCACCAAACUGUCCCAUUUGGGCCGAAUUGUUUUUAACUAAUAAAUCUGAUAGCAAAGCUUUGUGAUAUUUAUUGUUGUUGCUUGCAGUUGUUGUUGUUGAUGUUUUGUUUAUGCAAGCUGUUCCAGAAUAAAUUGGAUCAAAAACUUCUGUUCUGGAACAGUCGGAUUUUUUUAAAGCGUGGUUAUGACUUUGUGUAGAAUUAUUGUGAAGUACAAAAAAUUUGACAUAUUUUAUUGUAAAUAUAUUUAUGAACAGCUAUAUGGAGAGUUUUAUGCAAUAGUGAACAAAUAAAUGUUUUAUUUAUAUA